GUAACUGGUGAUCGUAUGGAGACCAUGGUGGCCCAGGCCAGAGAGGUUCAGCAAAUCAUCCAGGGGCCAGAUGCUAUGAGAGCGGCUGAACAGAUGAAAAGAAAUGAGGAAAAAUUGACUGAAACUGAAGCAGCUUUGAAACAAGCCAGAGCUGACCUAACGAAGGAGUUAGAGCAUAAGAAGAAAGCUGAACAACUUCGUUUAGCUGAGUCGUCUAAGUUGAAGGAGGAGACUGCAAAAUCAGAACAAUUGACAGCUCAGCUGAAAGAAGCAAGAAAUAAUUUGAAGAAGCUGGAGAAGAAAAACAAACAGGACGAGACACGUAUAGGUACCCUUGAAGCUGAGAAGUUUGACUUGGAAGAUAAGGUGAAAGCUCUUAAAAAGGAACUAGACCUAAUCAAGAAAAAGGCUGCAGAAGAUAGAUCAAAGGCUAAGAAGGAAAAGGAGCGAGAUGCUGAGCAAGUGCGCCGCCUCGAAAGUGAGGCUCUAGAACGAGAAGCUGAACGUGAUCGCGAAAGACAGCAGCAUGACGAUUUUAGGAGGGAUGUGAAAAAUCGUGAGCAAAAAUGGGAGAAGACGAGUUUUUAUCGUCGAAUUUAA